AUGGCCCGUUAUGAGGCCGAUUUUAGUCCGACCCUGGUCGACUACGAGCAUCUGAUAGCAGCAUUUGCAGCGUCGCCGAUCGUUUGUCUUGAGAUCCCUGUUUUCAAUAAGUCUCCUUUUUCUUCCUCGGCUCGAGGCGCGUCUGCCGUCCAGGUUCAUUCUGAGUGUUCGUGCGCGGCGUGGAACGAGGACGGGAGCCUCUUGGCUGUGGGUUCCAUCACGGGCCACGUCACUGUCCUACGAGGAGAGGACGGGAGACUUGUCGAUACGUUCGUUGGCGGAGGUUCUCAUGUCACUUGUGCCAGCUUUUCCCCCGAUGGAAGUCAGCUGAGCCUGGGCGUCGGGACGGGGAACGUGUACAUUUACAGAGUGGACAGGGCUGGAAAUGCCUUUCGGCGAGGGACCGUCCUCAAUGUGUCUCUGAACCCUGAACGUUUGGAUUGGUCGACUGAUUCUCGGUACAUCAGGACUCAGUCCCAAGAUGAUGUCGUGACUGUAGCUCUGACCGGGGGAAAAGCUGGCACAAGUGACAUGAGAACCUCCGCCAACGAACGUAUCGACAAGUCUCCCGUCCUCUCCUCGUAG